UCCAAGUGAGCCUGAGCUUCUCUCCAGACCCAAGAACAAAACGGUGGACGAAGCUUCCUGCCCGACUGCAUGCAGAAGGGGUUCCUGCCCCUGGGAGUGCCCUUCCUCGAUCGGAAUGACCACCAGCCCUUGUGUCUGGGCCGUCCACCAGAGGGGUCCCCUCUCCUAUGGACUGCGAGGGAGACAGCAGGAGGCAAGCUUGGGCUCUGCCCCCGAUUCGCUUUGCUGCUUUGUGUCUCUUUUCCUGAUCUUGGGGGAACAAAUCUGCGUUUCUGGAUGGACACAUCCAGGCUUUAUGUGCUGAUGAUAAACACGCAAGGGCCAGCCUUUCAGCAGAUCUAAGAGCAGAUGGAAGUUAAGUAACAGAAUCUUAUCUUGUUUGCUUUUGUCAAGGCACACUUGUGAGCCCUCUCUGUUUAGCAUUCCUUUUGGGUGUAGGAAUCAAUUACUGAUCGUCUGAUACAUGGGCUACUUCUUGGGUCCCUUCUUCGGGGAAAAGCUUACAUGUGAACUGAAACCUAAACUUUAAUUAGUCCUCGGGCACCGCGGUGCGGUUUAAAAGGCCAAGGAGUGCCGGAAAGAGACCCAGCCUGCCUGUCAUUUGAGACCAGGAAGGCUCCGCCAGGACGGAACUCAAUCCAGACCUAAUUGAUCUCUAAUCGUAUUAAACUUUGGCUUAUAGGUUGAGGUGCUGGUGGAUUAAUUUAUCUUAUCUUUUCUGUUUGCUUUGUAAAACACUGAGGCAGAUGGUCAUAUAUAUUUUGCAUUUUUUUCCGACGAUGUAGAAUGCAGAUCUCUUCCCUAUAUCUUCAGUGUUUUCUGGCAUCCACAUCUGGGGCAUCCAGCUCUUGUACAGCUGACUUCCGGUUACUCCUGUAGGCUGAAAGCCCUAUUUCCUACUCCUACAAGGGUGAUUACACACCCAGAGUAGACUGUAGAGAAGAAUGAUCAAGAAUAUGGACAUUUGGGAACAGACAUUUCAACAGCUAAUUAGAAAGAAGAAACCUCAUCACCGAUGGAUCCUGGAGGUAGACAGAAACCUUGAGCUCAAUAGAUCAGGACAUGGAUGGAGACAAUAUAGGCAUCUUGGAUUUGCAAGGUUUCAGUGCUCCUUGUGUGGACGCAGCUGGAUCUCGGCCCAAGUGAUGAUUCUCUUCUGGAUGCGCCUGCAGGAGCCCUACGGCGAGGUCAAGAUGAGGCUCUUUGCCCAGCGUUGCCAGAAGUGCGAGACCGCCCUGUUUGAGGAGCCCAGGUUCAGCGAGGAGGGCAUCCAGGCGGUCCUGGGGAGCCUGGUGAUGAGGAUCCUGCUGAGAUGCUACCGGGAAAAUGUCCCCCAGGAACGGGACCUCGGGGCCACCUGCGAAGACCCUCUCAGAGAGGCCUUUUCCAACGGGUCUCACGACAGGGAGAAUUGCGAGGCAUGUUUGCUGGGCGUCUUCUGUCCGAGACAGUCCAACAGCAGGGACUCAAAGCCGCAGCCCGUUGCAUCCAGUGCCUGGUGGUGUUCAUGCCCUGCCCUUACCAGAGCCAGCAAUGACUCCACCCAAGUCCAACAGUCUCCCUUUAAAAAGAGGAGGCUGAUCCUCAUCAUUUCCCUUGGCGUUGCCAUUAUCAUCCCGCUGAUUGUCGUCAUGGUGGUGCUUGGUGUCACUGGUGUUCUUUAAGAACGGCGGUAAGUGGGGGCAGCAGAGAGCCAGACCUAGAAAUGGAGGUCCUGGGCUCCAGGCUGGCCUCAGGCCCUUCCUCGCCGGGUGACCCUGGCAAGUCUCCUCACCCCAUGGGCUAGCCCGUCGCGCUCUUCUGCCUUGGAUCCAUGACCCAGGAUGGAUACUAAGAGGGGAGGAAGGGGCCAAAGAAAGGCUUAGCCAGCGGCGUGGGGGGACGGCUCUCCAGCUGCCCAAAUGCACGUUGGGGCCGUGGAGGCAGCUCUGUCGGUACCCUCGUUCUCGCCGCUGGACAUGCUGUUCAGUUUCGUAUUUCUCCACCUUGUCCUUCCGUCUUAGCCGCCCGCCAAGCUCGCCUCGUGGCUCGCCUCCCCUGGAGGCUUUUGCUCACGGUGGCCGGGCUCCCGCUCCAGCGAAGGACUGCUUUUCUGCGCAGCUGGAAGAACGAGCUCCAACGCCAGCCAGCCGGCGGCCCGCUCGGGCUCGGGCUCUCACCCCCGCGCUCCACUCUGCCCCGACUGCCCGCAUGGCUGCUAUGCUGCGCCGGACUUUGUCCCCGAGCGCCGCUCCCACAGGGCCGGGGGUGGCUGGGUGGGUGGAUGUUUGGCUGGCAUGGGAGGCCCUGGGGUGGUCUGGGGCUCCCAAGGAUUGCCGCUUCCAGCCCCAUGUCUGCCCCGGCCUCUUUUGGGGCUCAGUGAUGUCAGGAAAUAAACCCAGCCAACAGCAGCCCCGGCUUUGCUCUUUCCUGGGGUUGACCGUUUCUGGGUGGUGGGAUGGGGGCCGGGCUGGGGGCGGCCGGUGGUGGGAGGAUUCUCUUCCCUGUAGCCGGCUCUCUGGUCACUCCCGAACCGAACCUGAACAGCCAGCCCAACAGAACUGCUCACCCAGGACCAGGGUGCGGCCAACCUCUCUCCACAUGAUCGCACAGGAGGGGCCCUCCUCCUCCUCCAGGCCAUUGCGGGCGUCCCCCCUCCUCAGGCGGGGGACAGGGACAGAAUGGUGGGCCGUGCUCCCCCCUUGGAAUGGGGGUCCUCCUCCCUGUCUGCUGCACUCCCCGGGGAGCCAACCACGAAUGGGGACAACCUGUGAAAGGAGCAAAUGAGGAGUGGCUGGAAAACGACCAGCCUCGAGCUGCCCACAAGCCUGGAGGGAAGCCCCAAGCCAAGGGGGUGCCCAGGCUGCACCCACAGCCGCCCCGGCCCUGGGGCUCUUUGGGUCUGGUCAUGGCUUUAUGCCCACACACGUCCCAGGGCACAGAUGCCACCCCCGAUGCAGCCUCCCCCAGUGAUGGGAUACCUGGAUUAGAAUCCAACACUUCUACUUCCUCCCCGGGGGACUUUGGGCAAAUCACACUUCCUUCCCCGGAACUCAGUUUCCCCAGCUGUAAAAUGAGUGGCUCCUAGAGUGAUUCCCAAGGUCCCUCCCAGGGCUACACUGAUGGUCAUAGCAUCAAGACCCCCAUUACGGGGAAGUCAGGGUAGGAAAAGCUUCUUGGUUCGGUCUCUGGUCAGAAUUGGCUCUUCUUGGAAACCAGCCAGAGGGACCAACUCAUUAGGUGUGGAGGUGGGGGCGGCUGGGCAGCUCGGCUCCAUGAUGGAGAGCCAGGCCUAGAGACGGGAAGUCCUGGGUUCAGAUCUGGCCUCAGAUACUUCCUAGUGGGGUGACCCUGGGCAAGUCACUCACUCCAAUUGCCCAGCCCUCACCACUCCUCUGCCUUGGAACCAGUGCAUAGUCUUGAUUCUAAGGCACAAGGUGGGGGUUUGUUUUUUUUUAAAGAUAGUAUGGAGGUCGUGGAGCUAAAGGGCCAACUAUAUGUGCAAAUAUUGGCUAAGAAACGUAGACUGAAAGGGAAGUCUCUCCCAGGAGGCUGGGGCCCCGACUCAGCCAUUUACAGGUGCUGGGGAAAGCCGGGAGGGCAGUGAGGAAGAAGGACCCUUGGCCAGGAUACAGGGCCCAGGAGGCCCCUGGUCAGCAGAGGCUUCCAGCAGCCCCUGGAGCUGACC